GCUAUGCUAUUACAGUUGAAAAUUAAUUAUAAACAUUUGCCUGACUGCUUGUUUUUAUUCCAUGCUUCCCGUGAAAUUCUAGCGGAAUCCUGUAUGCAAAAUCCUAGUGAUAUAGUCUUGUCAACUGCAACACCGAAUGCAGAUAUUCAAUCCUAUCCUCAUAAAUCUAUUCAGCAUACUUCAAUCAAUAAUAUCGCCUCCAUAAAAGCUAGUGGUAGUCAGAUGUGCUCAUCGAUCAGUUGUAACAAUGAUCAAAAUACCGCAGAAUUGUCAGCGAAUUGUAGUGAAAACUUUAUUUCAAGAAGUUAUGUUAAUCGAUUUACAGCUUUGUCAGACGUCAUGAUUAAUUUGUAAUAAAUGUUCUUACUUAAAAUUUUCUUGUUGAUAUUCUCCUAAAUUGUACGGCAUAUUCAUUUUAGCAUAUUGUCAUUUACUAAUCGAAUAAUUAUGACAUAGAUAAAGAUAUUAAGUACCUCUAGUUGAAAGUCGAGUGUUUCAUUGUUUAGGUUCAAGUAAAUAUUUAGAAUGCAUUAUCUUUACACAUAUCUAUGAACUUUGAGCAACAUGUUAAAGUAUAUGACGGAAAUCGUUUGUGCACAUCACUCUAACAUUACGCGAAAAAAGACAACCGAAUAGCCUUACUUUUGAGAACUUCCAUAAGUGUUUUCGACAAUGAAAAAAUAGGGUAAACGGACUGCCACAGAUAGGCAGUAUUUGGGAAUAGAUAAGUUUAAAUAAAACCUGAAUUAAAUGAUAAAAACUAAUUUACAAUAUUUGCAUUUAAUUCCAAGACCUAAAACCUUUGGUAUUAG